CGAAAAUAUCUACAUCAUAUUAGAGAGCAUUUUAGUCUGGAAGGUUUUCAAAAAACAUGCAUAGCUCCCAUAUCAUAUUAGGAGGGCUACUUUUGGUCACCUUAUUAGGCAGACUAGAUGCAGGCGAAUAUGGAUUCUAUUUAGACGACGAGGAAAUCUUCAGCAAAUGCCAUGGGACUGCGGCGAAUGAUAUACACAGCUUUUUAGAUAUGUCCAAUGUAGAAAUUGACAUUGAUGGGGCCAGUAUGAAUGUGUCAGGAUAUGUAACUAUAAUAUGGGAUGUGGAGCCAACUGAUCGUAUAGCGUUUCGUUUUGAACUCAUGCGAUUUAAACGAGGAGCCUGGCAGCCAACUAUUUUCAAUUCACUCGGAGAAGAUUUCUGCACGGUCAUGUAUUUGGAGACGGAAUUUUGGUAUAGGCCACUGACAAGUAAAAUCAGGCAAGACGAACGCCAGUGCGUCAAUGUCAAAGGGACGGUGAUUCAUCUGGAAAUGAUGGACAUAUUCUUUAAACUCACUACAGAAGGUAAUGAUGUGGAGGGACGCCAUAAAACGGUUCUCCAAUUCGAAGCUAUUGACCAAAAUGGCGUUAAGCGGCCAAAUCGAAUUUGUGCCGAAAUUGUAGGUGAAUUAAUAAGGAUGUAGAUUAACAUGUUGAGCUAUUCAACCUUCAAAUAAUAAAUAAAAGAGGGUACUUCAAA